AUGACUGUUCAAAAGAGCAAGAACGAGGUCAGAGUGAGCGAGGCGGGAGGGAUGGAGGCGGUAGUAAGGGCAAUGGAAAAGCAUGCGGCGCAUGCGGGGGUACAGGAGGCAGCUUGCAGGGCUCUGGGCAACAUGACUUUUUACAAAGAGAUUCUUGCAGAGGCAAAUCAGAUCAGGGCGGCGGCGGCUGGUGGGAUUGAGGGGGUAGUGAGGGCGAUGGUGAGGCAUAGGAGGGAUUUGAAGGUACAGAAGUCAACCUGCAGGGCCCUGAGGAGCAUGACUUCUGGAGACAAGGAGAAUCGGGUCAGAGCGGGGGCGGCGGGAGGGAUCGAAGCAGUUGUCAAGGGGAUGAAGAAGCAUGGGGAAAAUCCAGAAGUGCAGGAGGCAGCGUGCGGGGCUCUGGGCAGCAUGACUGCUGGCAACAGGAAGACUCAGGAAAGGGCGAACAAGGCAGGAGGGGUCGAGGCGGUGGUGAGGGCGAUGGAGAAGCAUGGGAAUCACGCGGCAGUACAAGAGGCAGCUUGCAAAUCUCUGCACAGACUGACUGCUGGCAACAAAGAGAACAAGGUCAAGGCAGAUGCGGCGGGAGGGGUGGAGGCGGUAGUAAGAGCGAUGCAGCAACACGGGGAGAACGCGGGGCUACAGGAGGCAGCUUGCAGAGCUCUGAUCAGCAUGUCAAACAACAACGCUGGGAUCCGGCAACGUGUCGCAAGUCUUGAUGGGAUGGACAUGGCAAGAAGAGCAUUUGAGGUUCACCAACUCAGUGUCGCUCAACAACUUGUGUCGCAGUGA